AUGUCCAACGAUGCCGGCAAUGUGAUCAACUCCGCCGAUUCGUCAGCACGCAACGCGCUGGAUGUUGGUUUCGCGAGUGUCUCUAAUGGACGACAUGGCGAGUCGAGCUCGAUGGCGGAGUCAAGGAGUUCGGGGAAGAGGAGUGUCGGGAGUUCGAGCCGGGGACAGCAGCAGCAGCAGCAUCAGGAGGAUCCAGUGACGCCAGAAGAGCGAAGGCAAAGGGCAGAUGGAGAGGGGAGCUCAAGAGGCAGUGCGGGACAUCAUGCGCGGAGGUCUGGAGGCUUUCUACUCGACUCCGUGUUCGCGAACGGGUCGCCCAAGGGGCCACAGGACACGCGUGGGAAGAGGAAGGCUCAAGAUGGGCAGCUACGGGUGGACAAGAGACGGCAGCAGGCUCAAAGCGUGCGGUCGGCAGAGUCUUCACUCCGUGGCUCGCCGCUGGCGAGAGAGGUGUCGGUGGACGGUAGCGCAGAGGUUGAUGGGAUGAGGAACAGACAGUCAUCGCGACCGCGACCGCAGAGCAUGGACCCCGCGCAACUGGUACAGAUGGCGUUGAGCUUGAGCGAGAGCCGGAAGAGGAAUGUGAGCAGUUCAUUGCAGGUGCCGCUGCCGGCCGCGAAUAGGGUUGUGUCGAUGCCGGUGUCGAAUUAUGGGACUGUACGGGCCAGUUCGGCGGCGAGGAAGAGGUCGAGUCAGAUGAGCGAUAGUCGUUCAAGGUCGAAUGCUUCCGGCGCUGGAAGAGGAUCGGAUGAGCUGCCUAUCGUUUCGAGCCCGGGACCGGACAAUGUGAUGUACACUUUCACCCCGGCGACGCUGUCAAGGGCGGAGAAGGCGAGGAAGUACUUUGAGCUGGCUAGCGAGCAUCGCAGACUGCUACAACACCUACCGCCUCUGAAGCCUGAUGCUUCUGCGCCUGGCAACUUCACCUUUGAGACGAAGAAUCAACCUGGAUCGAACUUUCCUCUGAUACGUCGUGUGACGUCCUCCGGAGAGGAGAAGCAUGCUCUUGGACGGGAGUACAAUCCUAUACAGGCACUUCGAAAUCGACGGGUGAGGAUAAGAGAAAAGCGGCCUUUUCCUGCUCCUCCAGACAGCUGGGCUAAUCCAGAGGGUGUCAAGAGAUGGGUCGAUGAUGUUGAAACGGCGACCGACCACCCGCAGUACAGGGCAACUCCGGACGAGGCUCAAAUACCGCGCUACGAAGGUGAUGAUGAGACGAUCCAUGGGCGCACACAACAAGGCGCAUCCGGCCACCGCAGGACUGAUACCGUUGGCUCUGUGAUCACUCGACCGGAGAACUCUUGGACGAUAGAACCGACUGAGCUUCUCGCUGACACGUACUGGACUGAGAAAAGUGACAACAAAGCUUACAUUGAGAACCGAUUUGGCAACAACAUCUUCCCGGAUAUUGAGCGACGUAAGAGUACUGAUACACCCAGGAUCAGCGUCGAGAUGCACCGCGGAAGGGAUGAGCAUGAGGCUGCUGGAGUUGAAAGUGAGGAUUUUGAGGAUUCUGGCAAAGCUUCGCGUCGACGCAAACUAUUGCUGCCGCUGGUGUCGAGCGGUCGGGAGCAUCAGCGGAAGAACCGAAAAUUGCUCUCUCGAUCACCUAGUGAAAGCAGCAUGUCGAGCACAGAUGGCAGGCGUCGAAGCCGAGAGAAAUUCGAGAACAUUGGCCCGCUGGAACGACAUAUGCAGGAUCUCAUUGCGAAAGAUGAGCAUGGCGAGCUGUCUUCUCCUGAUAUGGUUUCGCCAGAUCAUUGGGAUCAUAAGCCCAUGCAAUUCCCGCGAAUGAGUACGGAUGACUCGUAUCGGGACUCGCCGCCGGGUCGAAGCAGCGGUCGGGAUUCUCUCGACGUACCGCGCGACCUUCAUAGGCGGUCAAAAUCUGCUGAUGGUAGAGUCAACUCGACGGAUCAGAAUGUGUUUGCGGUUGGGGACCAUCGACCUUCUACCUCUUACCCAGAGAAGUCGGCGUCUAGCAGCAGUCUGGAGAGGACCGGUACACUGGACAGUCGCCGCUCGCUUGACGCACCAAGACCACAAGGUUCGAAUUUACCAGGCUUCAGGUCUCGCAGCAAAGAUCGGAAUAUGGUCGAUCAGCUGGACUUUGCCGCUGCUACUCCAACGAACCUUGAACCGAUUAUGAGUGGAGAAGGCUGGCGGCCAAAGACAAGUCAGGACCCGGAGCGGCCUAUUGAUCUUAGGCGGCAUAAGACUGGCGAUAGCUUCUCAGGAAGCUUGCACCGGCUGGAUACGAGUGCUACUAACAGUACAUUCUCUUCUGUUAAGGACCCUGGUUCGUCUGUUGGGCGAUUUCUGAAGGGUGGGCGAGAUCGGAUUGGAACGCUGGUUCGUGGUGAGCGAUUUCGAAACAAGGAGAGACCGGACACUGGCGUAGCAGAGUCGUACAGAGCUGCUUCGGACAUGUCUGAUCUUGAGGAUGGGGAAAGUGGCUCUGCUGGAAGGUGGAGGAGUACCGAUUCUCCAAACGACUCCAGCGAUGUCAGUCCCCGUGCAUCACUGGACCGAAACAGGACGAGCCAGAAGAUCCAGCUUCCGUCAUUCGCGUCUACGCGGGGCAGGCGUGGUGUGGUUCCUGGGGCGCCGAUUACAGCAAACACGAAUCCCUUUGAGCGCACCAAGAGCUCGCAAAGCGACAGCAGCAAAGGCCAAAAGCUCCCACCACCACGCAUCAACAUCCCGGAGGAAGACAGCACCCGGGAUGCAGCACCUCCGCCAACGACCAUCAGAUUCGACACCACACCACGCAAAAGCUACGGCGAUCUGGGUCUCGAUGCCUCGAUGCCCUCUGCGCGAACGAUUUCUCGCUCUCCAGGCCAGCGACACUGGAGCAUCUAUGACCAAGCGCAGCCCCUCCAACCCGCUAAUCGCAAGAUCACCGCCCGCGACAUUGCCGGCGUCCGCGCCCUGCUCCUCUGCUCCGGCAUCAAAGCCCGCGAGAUCCAACGCCGCGGCAACCAGCCUCGCAACCCUGCGCCUGCCGAACUGGCCCAAGCGGCCGAGACAGCCAACAAAGGCGUCCCCACCGUACCAAUCAAAGAUGAACAUCUCGAGGCCGCCCGCUUGCUCUCCGAUCACCUCACCACCGUCUUCUCGAGCUUCGAAUCCGGCCUCUCACACUUCCAAACCACUACUGCCCGCAACCUGGCCUCCAGGCUUGACACCCUGCAGCAGAAAGCUUCCGAUCAACUCACCACGCACGUCCACGAUGCUUCGGAUGAAGCAGAUGCUUUCAUCGUCGAACUCACGACCAAGCAGCCGCAGCAGACUAAACGGGUCGACGAGGCGGUGGACACGAUGGUGAGAAGGCGGCGGAGGCAGUUUAGGUUGCUUCGGCAGGCAGGGUUCAAGGUGCUGGAGUGGGCGGUGCUGGGAGUGAUGUGGUGGAUUUGGUUCAUGGUCGUUGUGUUUAAGUUUGCGAAGAGGAUGGUGGUUGGGGUCGGUAGAGGGGUGAGGUGGUUGUUUGUGUUUUGA